CUUGCACUCGCUGGAGAGCGGCUCCAAGUCAGGGGCCGCUGCAAAGCCAGGGCGCGCUGUAGGGCCGAGAGGACCUUGUGGUGCGCAGAGCCAAGCCCCGCGGCCAAGGCGGAGACCGAAGAGGGGCUCCAGGCACCGGUCCUCGCGUUGCCCGUUGCCCCCCUGGCCCGGAGGCGUCCCGGGGCACUUCUUGUCCCUGCAGCAGCCUCCCGGCCAGCCCCUACCGCGCGGUGCCUCCAACUCUGCGCUAGAAGAAAAACUUCCCGCGCGCCCGCAGAACUGCAGCGCCUCCUUCCCGGGGACUCCGGGAGUCCUGUCCACCGCCGGCUCUGCGCUCACUUUCAAAGAAUAACAGUCACUGUAACAACCCAGAGCGAAGCCAGCAAGGCUCCGCGCUCCCGACCCGAACAAUAGCCCUCUCUCUCCGUCCACUGAGGCGCGCGGUGCCUCCCGGGACUCGGGUGCAGCGAACCGUCCCCGCGGGGUUCCGAAGGCGCACGGGAGGCAGCGACAUGGGGAACGCGAAGCUGGCGCGGCGGCCUCGGGGCGCCCAGCCUGCGCCCGCGCUGCUACUGCUCGCGGCGGCCUCGGCGCUGCUGCUGCUCGUGCCGGGUGCGCGCGGGCGCCCCGCCGAGGAAGACGAGGAGCUGGUGCUGCCGAACUUGGAGCGCGCGCCGGGACACGCGACCACGCACCUCCGCCUGGACGCCUUCGGCCGGCAGCUGCACCUAGAGCUGCAGCCCGACCGCGGCUUCCUGGCGCCCGGUUUCACGCUGCAGACCGUGGGGCGCAGGCCCGGGCCCGACGCGCUGCGUCCGGACCCCGCCGGCGACCUGACGCACUGCUUCUACUCCGGCACCGUGAACGGCGACUCCGGCUCGGCCGCCGCUCUCAGCCUCUGCGAGGGCGUGAGCGGCGCCUUCUACCUGCAGGGCGAGGAGUACUUCAUCCAGCCCGCGCCCGCCGCCGCCACCGUGGGCCUGGCCCCCGCCGCCGCCGCCGCCGCCGCCGCCGCCGCUGCCGGGAAGGAGCCGCCGGAGCGGCCCCAGUUCCAUCUCCUGCGGCGGAGGCAGCGGGGCGGCGACGGCGCCAAGUGCGGGGUCACGGACGACGAGACCCAGCUCGCCGGGGGCGCGGGGCCAGAGGACGAGGACGCCGGGACGCAGUGGCCGCCGCGGGACCCCGCGCCGCAGCGGGCGGGACAGCCGACAGGCGCUGGGAGCGUGAGAAAGAAGCGAUUUGUGUCCAGCCACCGCUACGUGGAAACUAUGCUGGUGGCCGACCAGUCCAUGGCAGAGUUCCACGGCAAUGGUCUGAAGCACUACCUUCUCACCUUGUUCUCGGUAGCAGCCAGGCUCUACAAACACCCCAGCAUCCGGAACUCCGUGAGCCUGGUGGUAGUGAAGAUCCUGGUCAUCUACGAGGAACAGAAGGGGCCCGAGGUGACUUCCAAUGCUGCCCUCACUCUGCGGAACUUCUGUAACUGGCAGAAGCAGCACAACCCGCCCAGUGACCGGCACGGGGAGCACUAUGACACCGCUAUUCUCUUCACCAGACAGGACUUGUGUGGGGCGCAGACAUGUGACACCCUUGGGAUGGCUGAUGUCGGAACUAUAUGUGACCCCACCAGAAGCUGUUCGGUCAUAGAAGACGAUGGCUUGCAAGCUGCCUUCACCACGGCUCAUGAACUAGGCCACGUGUUUAACAUGCCACACGAUGAUGCAAAGCAGUGUGCCAGCAUGAAUGGUGUCGACCAGAAUUCCCACAUGAUGGCGUCAAUGCUUUCCAACUUGAACCACAACCAGCCUUGGUCUCCCUGCAGUGCCUACAUGAUUACAUCAUUCCUAGAUAAUGGUCAUGGGGAAUGUUUGAUGGACAAGCCCCAGAGCCCCCUCCAGCUUCCCUCCGAUCUCCCGGGGACCUUGUACGAUGCCAACCGGCAGUGCCAGUUUACAUUUGGGGAAGAGUCCAAGCACUGCCUGGAUGCAGCCAGCACUUGUACGACCCUGUGGUGCACGGGCACCUCUGGCGGGUUGCUGGUGUGCCAAACGAAACACUUCCCUUGGGCGGACGGCACCAGCUGUGGAGAAGGGAAAUGGUGUCUGAACGGCAAGUGUGUGAACAAGACGGACAAGAUGCAUUUCCAUACUCCUAUUCAUGGAAGCUGGGGGCCGUGGGGACCCUGGGGAGACUGUUCGAGAACCUGUGGCGGAGGAGUUCAGUACACCAUGAGGGAAUGUGACAACCCUGUCCCCAAAAAUGGAGGGAAGUACUGUGAAGGCAAGCGCGUGCGCUACAGGUCCUGUAACAUCGAAGACUGUCCGGAUAACAACGGAAAAACAUUUAGAGAGGAACAGUGUGAGGCACACAACGAGUUUUCUAAGGUUUCCUUCGGGAGCGGGCCCGCGGUGGAGUGGACACCCAAGUAUGCCGGAGUCUCGCCGAAGGACAGAUGCAAGCUCAUCUGUCAAGCCAAAGGCAUUGGCUUCUUCUUCGUUCUGCAGCCCAAGGUGGUUGAUGGCACCCCGUGUAGCCCCGAUUCCACCUCUGUCUGUGUGCAAGGACAGUGUGUCAAAGCUGGCUGCGAUCGUAUCAUAGACUCCAAAAAGAAGUUUGACAAAUGCGGUAUUUGUGGAGGAAACGGAUCUACGUGCAAGAAGACCUCAGGAUCGGUUACUAGUGCAAAACCUGGAUAUCAUGACAUCGUCACGAUUCCUGCCGGAGCCACAAACAUUGAGGUGAAACAACGGAAUCACCGGGGGUCCAGGAAUAAUGGCAGCUAUCUUGCCAUCAAAGCCGCUGACGGCACAUAUAUCCUGAACGGCGACUUCACUCUGUCCACUUUAGAGCAAGACAUUACCUACAAGGGUACCGUCUUGAGGUACAGUGGUUCCUCCGCCGCGUUGGAAAGAAUCCGCAGCUUUAGCCCGCUCAAAGAGCCAAUAACCAUCCAGGUCCUCACCGUGGGCAACGCCCUUCGCCCAAAAAUUAAAUACACCUAUUUUGUGAAGAAGAAGAAGGAACCUUUCAACGCCAUCCCUACCUUCUCAGAAUGGGUCAUUGAAGAGUGGGGCGAAUGUUCCAAGUCAUGCGGACUGGGUUGGCAGAGGAGAGUGGUGGAGUGCCGAGACAUCAAUGGGCAGCCCGCCUCGGAGUGUGCGAAGGAGGUGAAGCCAGCCAGCACCCGACCCUGCGCGGACGUGCCAUGCCCCCACUGGCAGCUGGGGGAUUGGUCACCAUGCUCCAAGACUUGCGGGAAAGGUUACAAAAAGAGAACCUUGCAAUGUCUGUCCCACGACGGGGGGGUGUUGUCUCACGAGAGCUGCGAUCCUUUCAAGAAACCGAAGCAUUACAUAGAUUUCUGUACGAUGGCAGAAUGCAGUUAAGCAGGGGAGCGUUGAGGGGAGGAUGAGGUGUGGAAGGGCUGGUGCACUGAUACCAAGAAGGCUGGAGGGAUCCAGUGUACCUUGCCGGUGAUGAACAGAGAGGGUAAGGAGUUGGGAGUGUGGAGGUAGGUAGAAAAGAAGUUAGAUCGGCAGAAUAUCCUGCCAGUUACAAAUCUGAUAGGGUAGCUAAUGAGGGUUAUUAAUCUCUGAGCAAUGAUAUAGCAUGAUAAAGCCCCGGGGCAUUAUUAUUAUUCCUUUUGUUACAUCUAUGACAAGUGUAAGAAACAAAUAGACGCAGUUGUCACAAUUAGUUUAAGGAGUACACGAUCCCCGUGCUGUGGUACCGAUUAAAUGAUUAAAUACUUUGUGCCGUGCGGGUUGGGAACUGAAAAGCAGGAGAAAGAGGAGACUUUCAGUUGCAGACAGGGCUUGCUUUACCUCGCGAACCACGGAGGGAGAAAGGAGGGCCCAUAGCAUCUUCAGCCAGCGCUGAUUGAUCGCGGCUGCUACGAUUUCGGAGAACACUUCCGCCGUCGUCUCUACCGAGAGUUAAGAAUGCAAGACUGGCCUCCGUGAGAGAACUGCUUGGCAACAUAAAGGGACUGAAAAGGAACGCCGUCUUCGCUGUCCCGUGCCACUGCUGGGUCUUCAUCCGUGACGUCAUUUUGACAAAGAAACAAUUCCACGUGUUUGUGGAAAUGCGUUAAGUCUAUAAGGAGUUAGGAAAAAAAAAAGGCAGCGAUGAAUCAGACGCUAGUGAAAGUCAGAGGAGACAGGAUAAGCUCAAACCUUCCACCUUCUUUCCUCCUCAUGCAAGCCUACUUUUGGAAUGUGGGUGGAAAACACAAACAGAAAACAAAAACCGGUUCACGGCUCAAGAAGGACCGGGUGAUCUCACACACACACACACACACACACAAAAGGAUGUAAUGCCAGUAUAAGGAUGGGGCGUGUAGAGUUGGAUCCCCAGUGUUUGGGGACAUGGAGAUCACUAGUCUCGCAGUGGGGAGGCUCCUGAGGGGUAGCAGGCCCACCCCCAGCAGCUGGCCCAACAGUCAUAUCCUGGUGAAUGUCUGUUCAGCUCUUCUACUAUGAAAGAGAAUAGGACUUUUUUUUUUUCCCAUAUGUAUAUAGUAAAAUAUGUUACUAUAAAUUCUAUGUACUUCAUAAGUAUUUGUGUGUUCCUUCUAAGAAGGACUAUAGUUGGUAAUAAAUGCCUAUAAUAACAUAUUUAUUUUUAUACAUUUCUUUCUAAUGAUAAAACUUUUAAGUUAUAUCGCUUUUGUAAAAGGGCAUAUAAAAAUAGAGUAUUUAUACAAUAUAUGUUACUAGAAAUAAUAAAAGAACACUUUUUGAA